AUGGCGAACACUACAACAACGCCCGACCUAGGAAAGCCCCAACUGGCCUCACACUCAUGGCUAGAGCCAAUUGUGGUUGUCGGCAUCAUGAUCGGCUCAUUGAUUAUAAACCGUCGCAAAAACUACAGCCUCUUCAACAAAAAGCACUCUGUACCUAGCAUAUUACCCUCUAACGCGUCAUCUGGUCAUUACACCUUUCUUGGACAAAAUGGCCCCUAUAACAGGAACGACGUUUUAUACAAAUCUCAAACCGUAUGCGGAAUAACCAUCGAAGAACGUGAUACUUCUCGCUGGGAACACCACAUCCACAGUCGAAUACUCCAGAAAUUCCCUUUCCUAGUCGAGAUGUUCUACUGGGCUCUCAACUAUCUCUUCUACUCCGUCACGAAAACAGUCUCGCAGAAACUAUCGCCUGCUCAGAUUGGCGUUGUUCAGGUUGCGCAAGACCACGCAACUAGCAUUCUCAGCUUCGAGCACGACACUGUCGCGAGCUGGAUCUUCCCUAUCAAGGAAGUUGAUUUCCAGCAGUUCUUCAUCCAGAACCAUCCUUCCAUCUUGACUAUAUUCAAUCGCCUCUAUUCUCUCGUUCAUAUUCCCGGCACAGUUCUUUUUCUCUCCUGGUACUACUACGUCGCAGAAAAUCAUGCCUCCUUCUCCGUAGCCCGUCGAACGAUGACACUAGGAAACCUAGCGGCCUUCUUAAUAUUCUGCGUUUACCCUUGCAUGCCACCACGCCUCCUCCCAAAAUCCUACGGCUUCUACGACACAGUGCGCCAAGAGCACGCAGAAAGCAUCUGGGUCGGCGGCGAAUCCGUCAACCAAUUCGCCGCAAUGCCAAGUCUUCAUUUCACAUACGCCUUCGUCAUCGGCUGCACAUUCAUCUACCACUCCGGCAUUCUAGCCCGUCUCGCUGGCAAACCCACCAAGUCAAAUUUCGUCCAGUUUGGGUUCCUUGCGCUGGCUGUUGUUUACCCUGCCCUUGUGCUUAGUGUUAUCAUCGCUACAGCUAAUCACUAUUGGCUUGAUGCGGCCGUCGCAGUCGUUACUGUCACAUGCUGCUUUCGGUUCAAUCGCUUGUUGUGUCUGUUGCUGCCGCUUGAGUUUGGCUUUUGUUGGGUGCUGAGAAUUGCGAAGCCUGUUCCUACUACUGGGGAUAGGGUCGCCGAUACAAAGUGA